AUGGAGAACACAAGUGGUCAGGCUAAAAUAGAGCAUUCCGAGCCCUCCUUUCCGAUUCCGCGCGAAAGAAAACGAAAAAGACAGCCGGCAUCUAGUGAAGUCCCAAGAUAUAACAAUGAAAUUAAAAAUGAAAGCCGCUCCAACUCCGCUACCUUCUCACUUAGCGAAGGGCAAUCGAUACCGUCUUUUGUAGACGUCGACGAUACCAUGCAAGGGAGAGUACCAAUUGCCCCCAAAGCAGAAAAGGAACAGGAAGGAACUCAACCACCGCAACCCUCUCUCUUUUCCUCCCCAUUUAGCGGCGGCGGCCUUUAUUGUCCCGAGGGGGAUCCCAGCGAUAGCAAUUCCAACCACAUACGGGCGGAAACCGGCGAAGGGAGUGACGGCACCAGCCCUAAACGUCCCAGUGGGCCGGACCCCCUGAACUUUCCCACUGGAAAGGGAAAUGGGAAUAAUGGCACAAUAAGUGCAACAGCAGCCCAGGGUAGUACAGUAAAUGCAACAGCAGCCCAGGGCAGCACUGUGAGUAGUAGCCCACACGGCUUCGGCGAGGCCCGUCGCAUGAAGCAGCCGACACUGGCCGUCUACGGCGUCGUCAGCGACACUGCGGCGCUCAGGCAGGAGAUCGCCCACCGCGACGCGCAGGUCGAGGAGCUGCAGGAGAAGCUGACCCGGGCGCUGAGGGAGUUGUCCGAACAGCGUGCCCACCUCCGCGCCGAGGAGCACCAGACCAAGGGCCUGCAGGCCAGACUGGGCCGUUUCCAGCACACGCUUCGAGCGGAGCUGCGGCGGGCCGCGGUGCAGGGCCGCCACGAGGCCCGCCGUCAACUGCACCAGCGGCACUUUGAGCUAGGCCAUGUCGUGGCGUGGCAAGGCGGGGUGCGGCAGAUGUGGAUGGAGGGGUCUGUCGUGUGCAAGCUGAUCCACGAGUUGGAGGAGGUCAGCCGGCGGCGUGACGCCGUGGAGGGGCUCAAAAAGGCCGCUCACCACACUGUCAAGCAGCUACUCCGGCAGGAGCGGGAUCGCGAUGAGUCGACGCCGGGGUCUGAGGGCUUCAACGCGCUCAUGGAAGCACAGGAGGAGCUGCAACUGCGUAGCACCGAGCACGCCGCGCUCACCGCAAUGAUCGGCACGAUUCGCCAGCGCCAGGUGGAGCUUGAGAACGAAAAAAAGGCCUUUGUGAAGGAGGUCCGGCGGAUUAACGACGAGGAUGCCUCGGAGUACGUUAGCCACGCAGCGAUCGGCGAUGGGGAGCGCUAUAUCUUGAUGGAUUUGCUUGGUAAAGGAGGAUUUUCAGAGGUCUGGCGAGCGUUUGAUCUGGCAGAGGGGCGCUACGUGGCGUGCAAAAUUCAUCACGUCAAUCGCGAUUGGCCGAUGGCAACGCGUUUGAAUUACCGCCGCCGUGCUGAACGGGAGCUGGAGAUCAUGCGGGUUUUGGAUCAUCCGCGUCUUACGCGGCUUUACGAUGUUUUCCCCUUAAACAAUACGGUAUUUGUCUCUGUGAUGGAAUACAGCGCAGGGAUGGAUUUGGAUACCUAUCUGAAACGCUAUCAGCAGAUGCGUGAAGCCGACGCGCGACUGAUUUUACUGCAGGUUGUUGCUGCCUUGAGGUAUCUUUCAGGGUUGCCGAGCCCGGUGAUUCAUUACGACUUAAAGCCCGCGAAUAUUUUAUUACAUUCAGCUGAUCCCGGUGUGCUGGAUGUGAAGAUUACCGACUUUGGGCUAUCGAAAAUUAUCGCAGAAACGCGAGAGGGGCCGAGUGAUAAUCCGAGUAUUGAACUCACCUCGCAGGGUACGGGGACUUAUUGGUAUCUCCCACCAGAGUGUUUUGAUACCUCUUCGACCCCGCGCAUUAGCAAUAAAGUCGACGUUUGGUCUGUGGGGGUAAUCUUUUAUCAGAUGCUCUUCGGUCGCCGCCCUUUUGCCGAAGGCGAAUCGCAGCGAAAAAUUUGGCAGGAGAAGCUUAUUAUUGAAUCCGCGCGUACGUUAAACUUUCCGGAGAGCCCGAAGGUUAGUGAAGAGGCGAAGGAGCUUAUGACGAAUUGCUUAGCGUUUAACGCAGGAGAGCGGUAUGACGUUUUUCAGCUUAGUCAGCAUCCGUACUUAUUUCGAACGGGAAGGCGGAGCACGAAGGUGAGAAACACUUUUUCAAGCGCGCCAUCUGUAGAUGUCACUCCCUCCUCAGGAGUAAACUGCAGCAAUAAUAAUAAUAACGGGGAUUCACCCGCGUUGCCCAAUACAGUUCUCGUAAAAUAA